GUCUGCUGAAGUCUGUUGACGAUCGUGAGCAUGCGAGGUUAAGGUGAUGCGAUCUUCCUGAACAUUUUCCUUCGUUGUAUCGCUAUGGCGGACAAGAUGAAAAUGACAUUGGUGUCCGAACUUGAAGGACACAAAGACCGUGUGUGGUGCGUCGCGUGGAAUCCUGCGGGAACCGUGUUGGCUAGUUGCGGCGGCGACAAAAGCACUCGUCUCUGGGCGCUCGAAGGUGGUGCAUGGACAUGCAAGGCUGUGCUGCUGGAUGGACACCGGAGGACCGUGCGUAGUGUCGCGUGGUCCCCAUGUGGCAGCCGCCUUGCCUCAGCAAGCUUCGACGGCACUAUUUGUAUAUGGCGGAUCGACGGGGAGUCGCGCACUUGGGAGAGUGUGGCCACUCUGGAAGGACACGAGAGUGAGGUGAAGGCUGUUGCAUGGUCCCCCUCGGGACGCCAUCUGGCCACCUGCGGCCGGGACAAGACUGUCUGGAUAUGGGACGUGGUAGACGAUUUGGACGAGUUCGAGUGCGCAUCUGUUCAGACAUGUCACACCCAAGACGUCAAAACAGUGAUAUGGCAUCCGACAGAAGAGGAGCUCGUGUCUGCCAGCUAUGACAACAGCGUGCGUGUGUACGCCGAGCAAUUGGAUGACUGGGAGUGCGCGUGUUCAAUGUUCAAGCAUGAGAGCACCGUGUGGUCAGUGUGCUUUGAUGGCCGGGGCCACCGCCUUGCCUCUGCCAGUGCUGACGGCAGCGUCCGUGUUUGGAAACGACUCCAGGGAGCACCAUCAGGAGACGCCCGCUGGGAAUGCGAGGGCACGAUUGGCACGCUGCACCCACGGCCCGUCUACAGUGUCUCUUGGUGCCCGCUUACCGGCUUACUAGCCACCGGUUGCGGCGACAACGGAGUUCGCGUGUUUGUUGAAGAGCAGUCCGGCUCCGGAGAGCCUUCUUGGCGGUUAGCGUGCCACGAAUCGCAUGAACAGGACGUCAACUGCGUCGCCUGGAACCCGUCCACGCCUGGUCUCCUCGCUUCGGCUGGGGACGAAGGUCGGGUGCGCAUAUGGCAAAUCGAGCCGCCGCCGCCAUCGGCCAUUGACUAGAACGUUCUGUUAAUAAAUAUCUGUUGUGUUGUGUACAUA